UCAGACUCAUUGUUACACAGUACAGAAAACGUGUAUAGCUGUUAUCCUAUGGCGUAUGAUUUCAUCGAGUUAAAUAGAGCUGCAUAGAGCAGGCUGUUUGCAAUUACAAAUAAAAUUAUAGUGACAAAAAAUUUAGAUAUGGCUGACUUUGCGAAGACACAACUUAUGAAAUAUGGAUGGACAGAAGGCAAAGGUCUAGGUAAAAAUGAAAGUGGUAUCACAGAAGCAUUAAAGCCAAAAUUGAAAUUUGAUACAUCAGGAAUAGGACAUAAAGAUGAAGAUUGGAAUGAAUGGUGGGAGACUGGUUUCAAUAAUGCAGCUAAUAAUAUUGUAGUUAAAUCACAAAUACGUGGUGUUUCUAUAUCAGUUUCAAAGAAAAAUAUGACUGGUGAACAUUCUAAGAGAGAUUUAGAUGAAAUGAAAUGUAGAUAUACUAAGAAUUAUAGAAAUUUUCUUAAGACUUCUACACUCCUUAAUGGCAACUUAGUAAACGAAGAUAAUUCAAAUAUGCUUGAAAUAGAAAACAUUAAAAAGGAUAUAACACAUAUUCCUUUAACAGAUGAAGAAUUAUUUAAAGUAUGUGGUGGUAGAACUGCUCAUAAAGGAGCUAGGCAUGGUUUAACAUUAAAUGGAAAAUUGAAAAGAAUUGCACAACAAGAGGAAGAUCUAUUAAAUAUAAAUAUGUCAAAUAAAUUUGAAAGAGACACAUUUAUAAUAAAUAAUAAUGAACACACUAUCUCACCUACUACUACUUUACUCCCUGAAGAACCAAGCACUUCAAAGGUAUCUAAAAACACAAAGAGAAAAAAUAAAAGACGGAUAAAUGACCUAAACCAUCGGUUAAAUAUUUUAUGCACUAUAAGUGAUAGCGAUGAAAAAACUAAACAGAAUAUUUCUGAUAAUGUAACUGUUAGAAAGAUUUCAAAAUUGAAGUGUACAAAAGUAAAGAAAGGGAGCUUAAUAUCCUGUGAUGUUGAGAGUAGCAAUAAAGAGGAAGGAGAUAAGAAAACUUAUAUUCCAUUUUCUGUAAAUCAAAACUUAAACGAAGAGACAACUAAAAAUGAAACUCAAAAACAAAUGAAUGAGCAAGAUGUAAAAGAAUUUGAUAGUGAAUCUACACACAGAAAACAAAGAAGAAAAUCAAGAAAGAAAAAAGAAAAAGAUCAAGAUCACGAAGAUGGUAACAUAGUUAAUAUAUUGACAGAUUUAAGACUGGAUGAUUCUCAGAGAAAGAAAUUUAAAAAAUCACAUACAAAAGAUUCAAAUAUACACAGUCCUAUUAAGGAUGAAGACAUUAAUAUGUCAGACUCUAAAUUUCAAUCAGAAUCUUUUCCACUUUUGUGUGAAGAGUCUCCAGAUGCACAUUCCAAAAAGGAAACAAACAAAUUAAAUUCUAAAAUAUCAAAAAGGAAAAAGGCAAAAUUAAAAAAAAAAUUACGACUUAAAUUAUAUAAAAUAACAGAAAGUUUAAAGGCUGUUAAUUUUAAUGCUGAAGAACCUACUAAAAGAAAUUGGAUACAAUAGUGGAAAAUACUGUAGAAACUAAUAUUGCUAAGUGUUUAAAAAAAAAAAUGUCAAAAUAAUAUACAUA